AUGUCUUCAUCACGGCCUGGCCAGUCCUCAAGCAAUUCAGCAAGAUCAAAACAUAGUGCUAGGAUCAUUGCACAAACUUCUCUGGAUGCAAAGCUUCAUGCAGACUUUGAGGAAUCAGGAAGCUCGUAUGACUACUCAAGCUCGGUGCGUGGAACAAAUGUAGCUGAUGGAGAGCAGAGACCAAAGUCUGACAAAGUAACUACAGCUUACCUCCAUCAAAUUCAAAAAGGGAAGUUCAUCCAGCCAUUUGGGUGUUUGUUGGCCCUGGACGAGAAAACAUUCAAAGUUAUUGCCUACAGUGACAAUGCUCCCGAAAUGCUGACGAUGGUCAGUCAUGCAGUUCCAAGUGUGGGAGAUCAUCCGGUUCUUGGAAUCGGUGCUGAUAUAAGAACUAUUUUCACUGCUCCAAGUGCGGCAGCAUUGCAGAAGGCCUUAGGAUUUGGUGAGGUUUCUCUGUUGAACCCCAUCUUGGUUCACUGCAAAACCUCUGGGAAACCAUUUUAUGCUAUAAUCCACAGGGUAACAGGUAGCUUAAUAAUUGACUUUGAGCCUGUAAAGCCUUAUGAGGUCCCAAUGACUGCUGCUGGGGCAUUACAGUCUUAUAAGCUUGCAGCCAAGGCCAUUACUCGCUUGCAAUCCUUGCCCAGUGGAAGCAUGGAAAGGCUCUGGGACACAAUGGUUCAAGAGGUGUUUGAACUAACUGGUUAUGAUAGGGUGAUGAUAUAUAAAUUUCACGAUGACGAUCAUGGAGAGGUGGUGUCAGAGAUCACAAAGUCUGAUCUUGAGCCUUAUAAAGGUUUGCAUUAUCCAGCAACAGAUAUUCCACAGGCUGCUCGCUUUUUGUUCAUGAAGAAUAAGGUCCGAAUGAUUUGUGACUGCAGAGCAAAACAUGUGAAAGUGAUUCAAGAUGAGAAGCUUCAGUUUGAUCUGACAUUGUGUGGCUCAACGCUUAGAGCUCCACACAGUUGCCAUUUACAGUAUAUGGAAAACAUGAAUUCGAUUGCAUCUUUGGUAAUGGCAGUUGUAGUCAAUGAUGGGGAUGAAGAAGUUUCUGAUUCUGCACAGACACAAAAGAGAAAAAGGCUUUACAGUUUAGUAGUAUGCCAUAACACAACUCCAAGGUUUGCUCCUUUCCCUCUCCGAUAUGCCUGUGAAUUUCUUGCACAAGUGUUUGCCAUCCAUGUCAACAAGGAAUUGGAAUUGGAAAAUCAGAUUCUUGAGAAGAAUAUUCUGCGAACUCAGACUAUCUUGUGUGACAUGCUGAUGCGAGAUGCACCUUUAGGUAUUGUGUCUCAGACUCCCAACAUAAUGGAUCUUGUGAAAUGUGAUGGGGCUGCUCUAUUUUACAAAGACAAGAUACACAAGAUGGGAUUAUCACCAACUGACUUCCAGCUUCACGACAUAGUGUCAUGGCUUACUGACUACCACAUGGAUUCGACAGGACUCAGUACUGAUAGCUUAGAUGAUGCGGGCUUCCCUGGGGGUCUUGCUCUUGGUCAUGCAAUCUGUGGGAUGGCAGCUGUGAGAAUAACUGAUAAGGACUGGCUUUUCUGGUUCAGGUCACACACUGCUGCAGAAAUCCGAUGGGGUGGUGCGAAGCAUGAACCAGAUGAGAAAGACAAUGGUCGAAAGAUGCACCCUAGGUCAUCAUUCAAAGCGUUCCUGGAAGUUGUGAAGACACGAAGUUUACCUUGGAAAGAUUAUGAGAUGGACGCGAUCCACUCUUUGCAGCUUAUACUUAGAAAUGCAUUUAAGGACAGGGAUGCAGAUGCCAAGGAUAUCCAUACGAAACUGAAUGACCUCAGAAUCGAGGGAAUGGAGAAGCUAGAAGCAGUGACAACUGAGAUGGUCCGCCUGAUUGAAACUGCCACUGUGCCAAUAUUGGCUGUUGAUGUAGAUGGGAAGGUCAAUGGGUGGAACACAAGGAUUGCUGAGUUAACUGGUCUACCUGUCGAUGAAGCAAUUGGUAGGCAUUUACUAACACUGGUGGAAGAUUCUUCGGCUGAUGCAGUGAAUAAGAUGUUGGAAUUGGCUUUGCAGGGGAAAGAAGAACAAAAUGUGCAGUUUGAGAUCAAAACACAAGGGUCAAGGAGGGAUUCUGGUCCAAUCAGCUUAGUUGUGAAUGCUUGUGCAAGCAGGGAUGUCAGGGAGAAUGUUGUGGGGUUAUGUUUUAUCGCCCAAGAUAUAACUAUCCAGAAGAGUAUUAUGGACAAGUUCACCCGAAUUCAAGGUGAUUACAGAGCUAUUAUACAAAAUCCCAACCCAUUGAUCCCUCCGAUAUUUGGUACUGAUGAAUUUGGCUGGUGUACGGAAUGGAAUUCUGCAAUGAAAAAAUUGUCAGGCUGGAGUAGAGAGGAUGUUAUCAAUAAAAUGAUUUUGGGGGAGGUUUUUGGGGCACACAAAGCUUUCUGCCGUCUUAAGAAUCAAGAAGCUUUUGUAAAUUUUGGUAUUGCUCUCAACAAGGUUGUAACAUGUCAAGAAUCUGAAAAAGUUCCAUUUGGUUUUUUGGCAAAGAGCGGGAAGUAUGUGGAGUGUCUGCUAUGUGUGAGCAAAAAGUUAUAUGGGGAAGAUGCAGUAACUGGUGUAUUUUGCUUCCUGCAACUUGCAAGUCAAGAGUUACAACAAGCACUUCAUGUUCAACGCCUAUCAGAGCAAAUUGCAGUUAAGAGAUCGAGAGUCUUGGCUUACAUAAGACAGCAAGUUAAGAAUCCUCUUUCUGGGAUUAUAUUUUCGCGGAAGAUGAUAGAAGGAACUGACCUGGAUGAAGAGCAGAAAAAACUUCUGAGUACUAGUUCUCAUUGUCAGCAUCAGCUCAAAAAAAUUCUUGAUGACACAGAUCUUGACAGCAUCAUUAAUGGGUACAUGGACCUGGAAAUGGUGGAAUUUAAGUUGCAUGAUGUAUUGAUUGCUUCUAUUAGCCAAAUCGUAAUGAAGAGCAAUGGGAAGGGUAUUAUGAUAGUUGACAAUUUGGACAAAAAUCUAUCAUUCGAAACACUUUAUGGAGACAGUCUAAGGCUUCAACAAGUCCUGGCUGAUUUCUUGUUAAUAUCAGUUAAUUUUACACAGAGUGGAGGCCAGCUUUGUGUUGCAGCAAACUUAACCAAAGAUUCAUUAGGUGAAUCUGUUCAGCUUGCUCAUUUGGUAUUCAGGAUAACACAUACAGGCUGUGGAGUACCGGAACAAUUGCUAAGCCAAAUGUUUGGGAGUGAUGCAGAAGCAUCCGAGGAGGGCAUCAGCCUGCUCAUCAGCAGAAAAUUAGUAAAGCUUAUGAACGGAGAUGUCCAGUAUUUAAGGGAGGCCGAAAGUUCAACCUUUAUCAUAUCUGUUGAGCUUGCAGUCGCUAAUAAACCACGUGCAUGA